AUUCCUUUCGACUUACAAAUAUGGUACAAUGAUUCAUUUUCCUAUACUGGACCCUCCCCCUGCCCCUAUUCUAUUCCCCACAAGGACAGGAAAUAUAUAGCCAAACACUAAAAAAAAGGCCAUAAUAAUAUGCUCGCGAGCAAAGCUCCCUGGAAAGAGCUCUCAAUUUCAUUGCUUUUGUGCACCUUCUUUUCCUACACUUUUGCUUACACUUUCACCAUUACUAACAACUGCCCUUUUACAAUAUGGCCUGGUACACUGGCUGGCGCGGGAACCCCUCCACUUCCCGCGACUGGCUUUCGAUUAGAUGCUGGCCAAAGCAUCACAAUUCCAAGUGUACCAGGUUGGUCAGGUCGAAUUUGGGCAAGAACUGGCUGUACUUUUGAUGCAUCUGGAAUUGGUUCUUGUCAAACAGGUGAUUGUGGUGGAAAGCUCGAGUGUAGCGGUCUUGGCGCCGCGCCACCUGCCUCUCUCUUUGAGAUAACUCUGGGUGUUGGAGACAACAAAGACUUCUAUGAUGUGAGCAUUGUGGACGGAUACAAUCUGCCAUUGGUUGCAGUGCCCCAAGGAGUCAAUGGAGGAUGCAAUGCCACUGGUUGUCUGUCAAAUCUUAACAUGGGUUGUCCAAAAGAACUUCAGGUGGUGGGUGGAAUUGGAGAGGGAGAAGGGAAUGUGAUCGGUUGCAAGAGUGCAUGCGAGGCGUUUGGUUUAGACCAGUAUUGCUGUGCAGGACAGUUCGCAAAUCCAACAACUUGCCAACCAUCUUUCUAUUCCAGCAUCUUUAAAAAUGCUUGUCCCAGGGCUUAUAGUUAUGCAUUUGAUGAUGGCACUAGCACUUUCACCUGCAAGGCUUAUAACUAUGCAAUCAUCUUCUGUCCCAUGAAUGGGGUAAAGAGACCAAAUGAAGCAUCAACAGUUCCGGCUCCGGCUAUUGAAGUGAGCAGAAGAGGAAAGUUUGCAGGGGCGGCUUCAUCGUCAAACAUUCUCCUUCCUUUUCCAAUGCUGAUUCUGCUGCUAAUUUCCAUCUUAUAUUUCUAAGCAUCAACCAACUGUUCAGCAGAAGAAGAGGACAUUCAGUAUUAAUGAAUUGGAUGCAUGAUAGAGAGCCAGAAGAAUGGUACCUCAAGGAAAAGCUGGGCAUCCCGUAGAAAAUUUACUAGGCUACCUAUGAUCUCUCAAAAAUAUAAGUAGUUUCUUGCUUGGUCACAGUGCCAUUUUUUUUAAGCAUUAUUUAAGUAAGAAGUCUUACAUUGAACAUUACAAAUAAAGAGAGGUUGAUCAAGUGUGGUACAUGGUUAAACUCAGCCAAGAAGCAUUUAAAUUCACCAGUAAUUCUCAUAAGUGAAAAGAAAAAGCAAAUAAUAUCCAUCACAAGCAAAUAAGCUUGUCUGUGUCAAUCUUCGAUCC